AUGAAGACAGAAACUGCACAGAGCAACGGACAAAAUAUUGCAGUGGCACAAGAAAAAGAAAGAAAGAAAAGAGACUUUGGACUUCCUGCAGGCAUAGUAGAGCACUUUGCAGAGAAAGGGGUUACAAGAGAAGAGCUUGCAGAGCUGGAAAUAGACAGCAUACUAGAGCAAACAGGAGAUCUGGAUGGAAAGGCAAUGAACAAGGCCGUGCAGACUGUGCUAAAAACCACACGAAACAUGGAGCAGCUGCGCACACGGUUAGAAAUGCUUACUGGCCGGAAGAGUGACGAAGACACAUAUAUAAGCGUAGUCAACAGUGUGCUGUACGCGCACAAACACACUCUGUAUACCGAAGACAGAGAAGCUCUCCAUGGGUAUGCAUACACACUUGCCACAGAGGCCGAGCAUGCAAAUGUAAAGCACAUUGGCCGCGUUCUGCUUGCACAUCUCCCAAUAGAAGAUGGUGUGCUUGUGCCCUUUAUAGAGGAAAAGAUGGCUAGCUUCUUCCCAGACACAGAGGACCUUGUUCCAGGACAGGAGGAGCGCAUGGAGCAGCACGUCGCUCUAUUUGCAGGCACACGGCAGAGCAAGAAGAACCUGUAUAACUACAUAUCUGUUCGAGCAGACACUCUGUGUGUGCUGGCCAAGCGGGCAGUUAGUCCUCUUCCUGUGUGGAAGCAAGUGCUUUUCAUCUACAAGAGAGCGCACAAAGAAACAAUUCCUGCAGAGAAAGUGCGCGCCCUGGGCCUUGCAGUGCUCAAGACCCUGCGCACAGAAAAGGACCUUGUAGCCGCAUCAUCCCAGUACGUACAGAACAUGCGCAUAGUUACGCAUGACUUUGUGUACGCACAGGCCAUUCUAUCUGCCCUGCUGGCUCUUCCAGAAACAGAAGAGACUGCGCACGCAAUAGAAAAACUGUGCAUAUACGCACUCACAGAGAAAAGGUGCACAGUGCACUCUCUCCGAGGCAUGGGAAUUGCAAAGAUGCCAAGAAAGCUGCUUUUCUCCAUGCUGAAAAAGGUCAGAUCAGAGAAAAUAAAUCUCUAUGCAUUUGCUCCUGUGGCUAAGCAACUUGUGCGAGAGCUUAAGCAGAGCCCAGAGGACUUAGCAGCUCUUGAGAAAUACAUAGCUGGUGUGCUAGGCGCCAAAACCCAUAUAGGCCUGAGGGACACUCUUAAAAACAUUAUUAAAAUAACCCAUCCAGAGAAGCUACAGAAAAAGCAGCGAGAGCCAAAGAAGAGCAGUGAAUCAGCAGGAGAUGCAACAACUGCUCAAGGUAUUACAUCCAUUGAAGAAGAAAAUAAGCAAUAA